GGAACACGCCACCCUCCUCCACCUUUUCCUCUUCGAAGCGUCAUCCCCACUCUCUCUCUCUCUCUUCACAAGUUCGUUCCUUCGCUUUCUUCUGCAACAGCAAUUCUCUCUCUCUCUCUCUCUCUCUCUCUAGGAGCUAGGGUUUUUGUUUGCUUCGUCGUCGAGUCAAGCGGGAUUGACCGGAUGGGCCAGCAAUCGCUGAUCUACAGCUUCGUGGCCCGGGGCACCGUCCUGCUUGUCGAGUACACCGAGUUCACCGGGAACUUCACCAGCAUCGCCUCGCAGUGCCUCCAGAAGCUCCCCGCCACCAGCAACAAGUUCACUUACAACUGCGACGGCCACACCUUCAACUACCUCGUGGACGAUGGCCUCACUUACUGCGUGGUUGCAGUUGAGUCUGUUGGGCGCCAGAUUCCAAUGGCCUUCCUUGAGCGUAUCAAGGAGGACUUUACUCACAGAUACGAUGCAGGAAAAUCUGCAACAGCAGCCGCUAAUAGUUUGAACAGGGAGUUUGGGCCUAAACUCAAGGAGCACAUGCAAUAUUGUGUUGAUCAUCCAGAAGAGAUCAGCAAACUUGCUAAGGUGAAAGCUCAGGUAUCAGAAGUGAAGGGAGUAAUGAUGGAAAAUAUUGAGAAGGUUCUUGAUCGUGGUGAAAAAAUCGAACUUCUGGUUGAUAAGACAGACAAUCUACGCUCUCAGGCGCAAGACUUCAGGCAGCAGGGAACCAAAAUGCGAAGAAAAAUGUGGAUGCAGAACAUGAAAAUAAAGCUGAUAGUUCUGGGCAUUAUUAUUGCUUUAAUACUGAUCAUUGUUUUAUCUGUUUGUCAUGGCUUCAAUUGUGGUGGUAAAUAGAGGAGUGGUGCUGCUCAGAGGUUCUUAUAAACCUGUCUUGAAGGUAUUUUGCCUGUAAGUUUUCUUUCCUCUUUUGUUUUUUACACUGUCCUCCAUUAUACUAUUGCCUAUAGAUGAAAAAUACAUUGCUUGUAUAGUUUGUAUUCUUGGACGGGUUCUAUAAUCAACGUGCCCGUGAUUGUAAUGUCA